GAAACACUGUGCAUCUAGAGCUGUAAAAUGGGGUCUACUACUUCAUCUCUGAAUCAAGAGAUCUCUUGUCCUAUUUGCGAUGAAAUCUUCAAGGAUCCUUAUAUCCUCAAAUGUGGCCACAGCUUCUGCAGAUCCUGUCUGAAGCAGUUCUGGGAACGGAAGGAAAAUCAGGAAUGUCCUUUAUGUGGUAUUUGCUCGGUGGACGAACCAGUGUUAAACCUGGCUUUAAAACAGGUUAUUGAUGUGUACUUACAGAAAAGUAACAAUGAUCCAAAUCAGAGGGAACUGUAUUGCAGAGACCACGGAGUUAAAUUUCUUAUCUUCUGUGAGGACGACCAGGAACUCAUCUGCUGCAGCAGGGAGUGUCAGAAAUCAAACAAACACAGAAACCACCAGCACUGUGCAGUUGGAAAGGCUGUCUGGGGUAAAAAGGAGGAAGUCAGAACUGCUUUAAAAGAACUUAAAGAAAAUGUGGGAAAGCUGAUUCAAGUUAAAAAGAAAUAUGAAGAACAAAGUGAACAGAUAAAGGUAAAAAAGGAAAUAGAGAGUCAGGUGACUCGGGAAUUUGAGGAACUCCAAAGGUUCCUACGAAGUAUAGAAGAGGACAGUAUCAUUGCACUGAGGAAGGAAGAGGAAGAAAAGAGUCAGAGGAUGAAGAAGAAGCUGGAAAACGUCUCCAUCUCAUUAAACAAAAUCAUUGAGGAGGAACAAUGUGGAGACGACAUUGCCUUUUUAAAGAAUUUCCAGAAGAUAAAAAAAAGAGUAUUUGACAAGAUCAUAAAGAUGACCAGCAGCGAUCCAUAUGGAGGGAAGGAUGCCAAGGUGCUUUCAGAGGAGCUGAUAGAUGUGGGCAAAUAUCUGUAUCCUCUACAGUUCAAAGCUAAGCAGAUAAUUCAUGGUACAGAGGGGCUGGGUGCCAAAGAGGAAUCACCCCGUGAAGACACAGAUGAAUCAUUUGAAAUUAGUUUAAGUGGAAAGCAUUUGAAAAUUAGAGGAAACACCCUGCUAAUUGAAAUACUUUUUUACUAGGUGGCACUGUAAUUGAUUGUUAAAGUCUGUUACACUUAACAUAUAGAAAUGUAAAGAGUUUAAACACUUAUUCCGUAUCAGUCAGUUCUCCAGUGACAGGGUCAUGGUGGUCCAGAGAUUAUCCUAGAAGCAGUCAGUUUAUACCUCAUUUGGGGAGGCAGCCCAUGACAGAAGCAUUUAAAUAAUUUUACCAGAGCAAUGAAA